AUGGUCCCCGCUGCCACCAUGAACCAGGCCCCGGCCCCCAGCGGCUCUGAACAGCCCGACCGAGAUGCCCGCAACGCGGCCCCCGGCCACCCGGCCUCCAGCAGAGGGAUGCAGCCGCUGCCCCAACUCAUCCAAAAUGCGGCCAAGCUUCUGGACAAAAAUCCAUUCUCUGUCAGCACUCCAAAUCCGCUGCUUCCUUCUCCCGCAAGUCUUCAGCUCGCUCAGCUACAAGCCCAGCUUACCCUGCACAGGCUAAAAUUGGCUCAGACAGCAGUCACCAGCAACACAGCAGCUGCAACUGUACUGAAUCAAGUUCUCUCCAAAGUGGCCAUGUCUCAGCCACUGUUUAAUCAAUUAAGACAUCCGUCCAUCAUUAAUACUCCCCAGGGGCAUGCUGGAGGACCUCAGCAAGGACCUGCGAUCACCAAUACUAGAUUUCCAUCUAGUGGAAUACCUUUUCCAGCACAGAAUCCAGGUUUAGCGGUACCAGGAGGAAGCAUGGGGACUGUUGGGAACAUACAGAAUCAAAACCCAAAUGCUAUUGUCAUGCACCCCUUUGGAGGUGUAAUGUCUCAGACAUCCAGCCAACCAGCUGUAGUUAUGAGUCUCAAUAAGACAGGCCACUCGUCUGCUGCAGGAGGAUUUUAUGACUACAAUAAACAAAAUGUCUCUGCCCCUCAAGUAUACACAGCUGAUGCAGGCCAGGGCAAUCAGCACAACUUCAUGACCAGUGGGUCUCACUCAGUCUCCUCCUCCUCAGGAGGGGUACCCUAUGAGGGUCAUUUUGGUCCUUCCGGCCAACUAAAACAUGACAGUCAGCCUGGAUUUCAGAAAGACUUCUAUGGCCCCAAUUCUAAAGAACAACAUCCAACAGGAAUACAAUCUUUGGGUUUUUCUGGUGAGCCACAGAUGAGUGCUCAUCAAACUGUGAGUCAGAAAGGAGAAGCAGGCCCUGUGGUACAUAACACAGGUGCAAAUAGCCAGUGGGAAAACGCUCCUAAUUUCUCCAGACAGAACAAGCCUGACCUCGUGGUCAGUGGCAACUUGUGGCCGUCCACGGGUCAGCAGUAUGAAAUAAGAAAUGAACUCUACAACCCUGAAGAACCGACACCUGACACAAAGUUUGGUGCUGGGACUACACUUCCUUUCCACAGACUUAACAAUAGUAAACCAAGUUUCAGUACUUCCCGAAUGAGGCAGAAUGAGGAGUUGACCACAAACACAUCUGAUUUGUCAAUGAGAUCUCUUCAGCCUCAUGAGCUAAAUGACUUUCACGGCAUCGCCCCUCUUCACUUCCCACACGUCUGCACAAUAUGUGACAGAAAGAUCUUUGAUCUAAAGGACUGGGAUCAGCACAUUAAAGGAAAUCUUCACAUCCAAAAAUGUAUGGUUUUCUCAGAAAACACUGGCAUCCGAUGUGCGUUAAGUUCAGCGGAGGCAGCGUUGCAUUCAUCUCCAAAUAACACAUCAGUUUUCAACCCUUCUGGCAUCGAAGAUUACCCAUCGAAUGCUGGCUCAUCUUAUACCACUGUGUCAACAAGAUCCUUUGGUCAGCCAGGUCCUACAUUUUCUUCCCCUCCAUCUGGAGUAAAAUUUCCACAAAGCAAAUCCACCGUGGGCCGAGUAGUACACAUCUGCAAUCUCCCUGAAGGAAGCUGCACAGAGAAUGAUGUCAUUAAUCUUGGACUUCCCUUUGGGAAAGUCACUAAUUAUAUCCUCAUGAAAUCUACUAAUCAGGCCUUUCUCGAAAUGGCUUACACUGAGGCUGCACAGGCGAUGGUGCAGUACUACCAAGAGAAACCUGCUAUGAUAAAUGAUGACAAGUUACUCAUUAGAAUGUCUAAAAGAUACAAGGAGCUUCAGCUGAAGAAACCAGGUAAAAAUGUGGCAGCAAUCAUCCAGGACAUCCAUUCUCAAAAGGAAAGAGAUAUGUACCGUGAAGCCGACAGGUAUGGGACUGAGAGGCCACGGUCUCGCAGCCCCAUAAGUCGCUCUCUGUCACCAAGGUCCCACACCCCAAGCUUUACUUCCUGCAGCUCACCUCGCAGUCCGUUGGGUGCCAGCAGGACAGAUUGGGGAAAUGGAAGAGAGUCGUGGGAUCAGUCCCCUUACUCCCGAAGAGAGGAAGAAAGAGAUGCAGCACUCUGGAGAGAGAACGGGGAGGAGAAAAGGGAUAGGACUGACACAUGGGUUCACGAGAGAAAAUACUAUAUACGGCAGCUGGAUAAGCUAGACUUAGAUGGACGGAUCGAAGGAGCCAGAGGGCACAGAGAAAAGUACUUAAGGGGUGGUUCACCCAAUGCCCUUCAUGCUUUACCUGGAUAUAAGAGCAGGGAAGAUGACUAUUACAGAAAAGCAGCUAAAUCAAAAUCUGAUCGAUACCAAAAGCAGCUGCAGGAUGCCCCGGUGAAGUCUAAAAGAAAAGAAGAGGCCAGGUUAAGAGAGCGCAAACACUCUCACUGUGAGGACCUAGAUAAGGAGGAAACUUCUGAACAAAGGCCCAACAAGGUAUCUGAAGGCAGCAGGCAAAAGCAAAGUGAUAAAUAUAAAAACAAGAAAGCUGAUAAAGACCCAGUUGAAGAUUCUGCUGCUGCGGCUGAAAUCAGUGACGCGAAGGAAGGCAACGCACCUGAGAAUGAGCUUGGGAAAGAGGAGCAUAUUACAGAGAAGACCUCACCUUCAGCAAAUAAACAAGGAAAAGAUUCAGCAGAUUCCAUGGAAAGCACAAGAAAAGAGAAGGAGCGAGACUGGGAAAGUGGAAGUGAGAUGGAAGGCGAGGCCUGGUAUCCAGCUAACAUGGAAGAACUGGUCACAGUGGAUGAAGUGGGAGAAGACGACUUUAUUAUGGAGCCGGAUAUAACCGAACUUGAAGAAAUUGUUCCAGUUGAUCCAAAAGACAAAGCAUGCUCAGAAAUGCAUCAGUAUGUAACUAGCACGUUAGAACUGGAAAAUGACCAUAGCCAGAUAAACAGGUGUGAAGGCGAAUCUGCCCAGGAAGCUCCAGAAACGAGCUUCAGAUCAGCAAAGGAAAGCAUAGCUGCUUCCGGUGGCUGUCCAGAAGCUGAUGAUGAUGAUGCAGUUACCGAAGCAUCAAGCCUAAAUCUGGACACUGAACAGAAGCCAGAUGGAUCACAAGAAGACAGAGCUCUUAGGGAUUCUAAUUACCACAAAAAGGAAGGAAAAAUAGAGGAGAGCUCUGAUAUUCACAUAAAGCUGGAGGAUGGACAGAUAUCUUCCGAUCAAAUGAAAGGAGAGACUCACCAGCACUCUGGCACUUUUAUGGAUCAUUACAAGCAGAUGGGAUCAGAGAGUAGAGAAGUCAUGGAAAUGCUUGUAAAAAACUCCAGCGAAGAAACAACGCGUGGAAGCCAAGAGUGUCAAGAGACACGGGUAAAUUCUAGGUACCUGGAAAUGAAAUCUCCUGAAUUCUCCGAGGUGAAAUCUAAAAGAACCCAUUCUUCACCAUCCUGGGAACAAGAGGAUGUUUUCACUGAACUUAGCAUUCCUCUAGGUGUGGAAUUUGUGGUGCCCAGAACUGGGUUUUACUGCAAGCUUUGUGGACUUUUCUACACGAAUGAAGAGACAGCUAAGACAAGCCACUGCAGAAGUACUGUUCACUACAAAAAUCUUCAGAAGUAUCUAUCCCAACUUGCAGAAGAGAGUCUGAAAAUGAAUGAAGAAGACAGCAAUCUGCCACAGGACGUUGCUGGGAUUGUUCCCCACUUUGAGAAGAAAAAGCUAUGA